GGCGCAUGCGCAGCCGCAACCUGCGCUGAGCGCUGACAGCAGGCUGACCGUUUGCUACCGCCGUUGUUGUUGCCGCUUCCACUCCACGUUGUGGGUCUCGGAUACACUGACACCAGAACUGGACUUAAUUUCUGUUACAGGAAACUAAAACAACAGCAACAAAGUGUUUUGUUUUAGGCUUUUUGGACACGCUGACCUCCGAGCUUCCUCCUCCUCCCGGUGGUGAACGGACUCUCGGUGAAGUGAGACUCUGAACGAACUGAACGAGGCUGACAGCCGAGAGACGUUUGACUGCAUGAAGAGGCCGAGUGACGGGACCCUGGUCCUCACCUAGACCCCUCCCACAACCCCCCACCCCCCACUGCCUGGACAUGAGGUCGUUCAGAUCGUUUGCAAACGACGACCGCCAUGUCAUGGCCAAGCACGCCAGCAUCUAUCCUGCGCCGGAGGAGCUGGAGGCGGUCCAGGCGCUGGUGUCCACCGUGGAGGGAGCCCUCAAGAAAGUCUCUGAUUGGAUGGAUGGCCUCAACACAUCCUUAGGGAAGACAUGCACCGAUACCGGGGCUGGGGACAAUAAAGCGGAGGAAGACGCUGCUGAUAUAAAGCCGGAUGGCACGCCGGCGUUGUGCGGGGUGACACGUGUCGGCCUGGUGGCCAAAGGCCUGCUGAUCAAAGGGGACAUGGACCUGGAGCUGGUGCUGAUGUGCAGGGAGAAACCCACCAAACUGCUGCUGUACACCAUCAGCGCCAACCUCCCCCUGCAGAUCCAGACGAUGACGGAGGACAAAUACGAGGUGCAGUCAUGCGCGCCCGAUGCAGCCAUCCGGGUCUGCAGCACCAAAGACCCCCGACUCACGCUGAAGAUCACCCUCUCCUCCUUAACCAUGAGGGAGGAACACGGCACCACAGAAGAAGACGAGGGCCAUCAGGACGACAACAAGGAGAGGCAGGAAGACGAGGAGAAGGAGGAGGAUGUCCUGGACAGGCAGAAGUGCCAGGCUGCGCUGGCGUCGCUCCGACACGCCAAAUGGUUCCAGGUCCGAGUCACAGAUCUCAAGUCUUGCGUCAUCGUUUUGAGGAUUUUCAGAGACAUGUGCAACAGACUGUCUGGGUGGCAGCCUCUCAAAGGAUGGCCUCUGGAGCUGAUCUGUGAAAAGGCCAUAGCAACCUGUAACCGGCCGCUGGGUCCAGGCGAGGCCCUGCGUCGCGUCAUGGAGUGCAUCGCCUCAGGGAUCCUCCUGCCAGGAGGUCCAGGAGUUCACGACCCCUGUGAGAGGGAACCCACAGACGUCCUGUCUGACCUCAGCGCCCAGCAGGCAGACGCCAUUACACACAGCGCACAGCAUGCGUUACGCCUCCUAGCCUUUGGACAGCUUUACAAGGUCUUGAAUAUGGAUCCUCUCCCCACCAGCCGGCCCUCACCAAGGCUGUUAGAAGGCGGCUGUCACAAGAGGCUUCGGGAGGACAUCGGGUCAGAUGACAGAGAUUUCAUCAAACGGAUGAAAGUCCUGGACUGGAGGAUGACGGAUCCCAAUCACCCCAUGAACGCUCUGAUGCGUCUGAAUCAGAUCCACCCAGGCCUCCAGUACCGCCUGCUGUCUCAGUCCGGCCCGGUGCAUGCUCCAGUCUUCACCAUGUCUGUGGAGAUCCAGGGAACCACCUACCAGGCCUCCGGGAACUCUAAAAGAACCGCCAAGCUCCAAGUGGCCCUCAAGGCGCUGCAGGCUCUGGGAUUUGUGCUCGGCGGCGACGGAGACGUUGACUCACUCAGCGCCGAUGAGAAGUCAGAUGGGGAAGGCAAGAACGACAGGAUGUCCACCAGCUCCAGCUCCACCUCCAUCACCUCCUCCACAGACACACAGGAGUCCAGAGCUCCCGGUCCGAUUCUGACAGCGGGAGGUAAAAACCCGGUGAUGGAGCUGAAUGAGAAACGCCGCGGCCUCAAAUAUGAGCUGAUAUCAGAGAGCGGCAGCAGCUACGACAAGCGCUUCAUCAUAGAGGUGGAGGUAGACAAGCAGGUUUUUCGGGGGACGGGUCCCAAUAAGAAAGUAGCCAAGGCCAGCGCAGCACUCGCCGCCCUGAACAGCCUGUUCUCUGGCUCCAAAUCUACGAGCAACAAGAAGAAAAGACCCAACCCUCCUCCAAAGCGGUCCGUGGCCUCGGUGCUGACUCUCCCGGCCCUCGCUGCCAGACCUCCACGCAUCCCCGUCAUCCCCCGAGCUCCCUACAUCAGCACCCCACCCACACAUGGAUACAUCCCCCCAGGUUUUGGUGCUCCUUAUGGUUACAGCCCUGCAGGCGCCCUCCAUCCCUACGGUUUUCCCACCAGAAUGCCCUCAGUAGUUGUCCCAGUCAUCAGAGUCCCCACAGCAUACCCCAUCACCCACCUCUACCCCUAUUAGGACCCUCCCUCACCCACUUCACAGCAAGCCACUUGUUAAAGUUAUAUCCUGACGUUUACUGCAUGUUCACAACACAAGCUUCAAACACCAAAAAAAACCAACACUGGAUUCCACAAACGUUUGACCAGAAUACCCAAUCAGUACCAAUGUUGUACAGCAUGUGCCCUCAUUAGCUUGAUUUAAUUGGCCAUUAGAAAGUGAUGUGGUAGAACAGAGUUUGACAAAAAAGCUCUUUGAUCAUCAAACCAUUAUGCAACAAAAAAACUGAGUUCACCGUUUAGUGAGCUGCAGUGUGUCAAAGACUUUUACACUGUAGGGAGCUUAAGGAACUAAAUGGAAAUCUAAUAUAGGGAACAAAAUAACCACUCAACAUAGGAAACAACCACCAUACACAGAAGGAAACAAACUAAACAAACAUGUUAUGGACCUAAAAAAAAAAAAAAACACGACUGCUAAAUAUCUCCUGUAAGGAAAAAAAACAUUGUCUAUAGGGGAAAAACUAAACAUUCACCAUAGUGUAGUAAGCAAACAAAAUACAAAUAAAAAUAAAGCUUCUUAAGCACACCAGAUACUAAUAAUCCAAUGUAGGAAACAAAAAAAGGAACCAUAGAAAGGAGCCGAACAUCCUCUGUUAGGAACCAAAGAAACAGUUUCCCUACUCUGUCUGUAUUUUUCGUUUUCAAUACGAUGUUAAGUUCCCUAAACAAUGAUGAACGAACUAAAUAUUCACCAUAGCGAGGUUGAAAAAAACCUGUUCAACUACUAGAUAUUCAAUGUCAGAAACUAAACACCCACUGUAAAGAACCAAACAUCCUCUGUUGGAAUUAAA